AGUGAGAUUUGGCAAAAAUGAUAUUUUAUAAUUCAGCAUCGACGUACAGUAAACUGAGGAAGAGCGAUUGUCACCUGCCAGCUGAGAGCACAGUACGGAGGUUAAUCUCCGUCUACAAUUUAGAAACAGGAUUCUCCGAUGACGUGUUUCAUGAGAUAAAGCGUCAUUUAUCAGAAUUAUCAGUGCAGGAGAGAUUAUGCGCUCUGAAGUGGGAUGAGAUGUCCAUAAAAGCAUGGGAAGAAUAUUCAGCGUACUUGGAUCGCAUCGAACGGCACAUUGACCUAGGUCAUUUAGGUCGAUGCGAUGAAAAGGCAAGAUAUGUUUUCGCGUUCUGCGUCGACAGCAUUAAUGCUGAAAAUAGAUGGAAACAAAUUGUAGCGUACUUCCUACCAGGAACAGGAGGAAUGAAAUGUGAGGAAAUAAUAAAUCUCCUGAAAGUAUGUUCACACCUGAAAGAAUGCGGAGUAAUGACCAUAGAAUGGGAAAGAGAAAAACAUAGCAUGCCGAUGAACGGCGAGCACGGCGGGCAGCAGCAGACAGAAUUACAGGGAGUACCGGGUCUAUCGAGAGAGGCAAUGGCUGCGGCCAAAGAAGAAACAGAAGAGCAGCAACAGCGGACACAGCAGCAGACAAGGAUGGACGAAAGUGCGAAAAUGAGUAAAAUUAAUCUGCGGGUUAUAAAUAAAUAUUAAAUAAAGGGUUUAGUCGGUAA